UUUCCUGGACGGUGAUCGCACAUCAAUCGCUUGGUGGGCGUGCAGUCAAUCCAUGCUAUGCUGAGCAAUCUUCUGACCCAUCAUGGCACAUAUCGACAAUCGACGCAAACUCAUGGCUGUACAAAGAACGCUGCAAGGCUCACUUGGAUGGUUUCUCAAUGACGCCGUCUCAAUGACGCUAUCCAUUAUUACAAUGUAUUGCGCAGGAGCAGCUCUCACCGGUCAUCUAUUGAACACCAAGAGAACCAAUAGGCCAAGGAAUCACCGUGCAGGCGUAUGUAUAUUAUGACGAUCGUUUCAAUAAUUUAUCUACAGAUCUCCAGAAAUACUUCAACAACACAUUUCAAAAGAUUCAGGAAAUGUUAAACAAUCGAUCCAUCAUGCUGAACUUUAACCUGACGGAGACUAUAAAGAAUGACAGUCUACCUGUGUUUUUGGACACAAAAAGAAAGCUAGUAAAUGGAAGUGCCACACUGCAAGCCCUGGAAGAGUUGAUGAGUUACAAGAAUCUAUCCCGUGAAUCGAUGGGUUAUUACUUUAGUGGGUACCAAAUCUUCGAAAACGCUACAUAUCAUUCUGACGAUCUCCAUACCAACAAUACAUUUUGUACCACGGAUCCUACUGCGGCGGUGUUCAUGACAUUACCACAACCAGGCUUUCAUCUGACUGCUUACAAAAUGACCUUAUUCAUGCUCGGUUCUACUCACACGCCAAAUCCGACGGAUGACGAUUACAAAAAACUGAAUGAGACCUUCCAGAUGUGCUUGAAAAAGGAAGACACGGAACCUACUGCAGCAGGAAACUGAUACUGUGGAGAGGCACAUAUUUGCUAUAGGAAAGCAGAAACAUCAAUGUUUACAAAAUAUUGCGCAAACAGUAAAUAAAGCAAUAGAUAAG